AUUUCAAGUAAGUAGGUUUCCCUUACAACAUAACCUGAUUAAAUUGUACCGUUUAGUGUUGGCUCUACUUAUGACUGUUUUAAAGGAAUGUAUAUUUCUUAAUAUGUUUUCUUUGUAAUAAGUUGUUUAUUAUAUGUACGAUUGAUAUAAUAAUUGAAAAUAUAUGAAAAUCUAAAAAUACUACUUGGUAGAGUGGAUUUAAAAAAAUUGAAAUGAAUAACCAAUCGAGCUCUGCUCCAUCGGUGCAGGAAUAUUCUAUCAGAGUUCCCAAAAAUGUGAAGAAAAAGUUUCAUGUAAUGCGGUUUAAUCCCGUAUCAAAUAUUGAUUUUACAAAAUGGUCACAAGUUCGAAUGGAGAGAGAAAAUAAUAUCAAAGAAUUUAGAAAUCUUGAUGAAGAUCAACCUAAGUUUGGUGCUGGUAGUGAGUAUGGUAGAGAAGCCAGAGAAGAAGCGAGGAGAAAGAAAUAUGGUAUUAUUACACGUAAAUACAAACCUGAAGAUCAGCCUUGGAUUUUGAAAAUCGGAGGGAAAACUGGAAAGAAGUUUAAGGGUAUCAGAGAGGGAGGUGUAGCUGAAAAUGCAUCUUAUUACGUAUUUACUCACGCAGCAGAUGGUGGUAUCGAAGCAUACCCUCUCACAGAAUGGUACAACUUCCAACCCAUUCAAAGAUACAAAGCUUUAUCAGCAGAAGAAGCAGAACAGGAAUUCGGAAGGAGAAACAAAGUAAUGAAUUUCUUUUCGCUUAUGUUGAGAAAGAGAUUAAAAAAGGAUGAAGAAGGAGAUGGAGAAGAGGGAGAAGAAUUAAACCUUAAAAAGGGCAAGAAAAAAUCAAAUGAUUUGAAAAUUUCUGAAAUGGAUGAUUGGAUUGAUUCUGAUGAUGAAUCAAGUUCAAAUAAUGAAGGUGAGGAAGAUGAAGAAAAGAAAGAAAAGAAAGCAAAAGAUAAGAAGAAAAAAAAAAAAGGAGAAAAGCCCAAAACAAAGAAACAAAAAGGUUCCGAUGAAUCUGCUUUUGAAGAAAGUGAUGAUGGUGAUGAAGAAGGAAGAGAACUUGACUAUAUAUCAGAUUCUUCUGACAGCGAUUUAGAUCAUGAAGGAAAGAUAGAUAAAGAAAUGAAAGGUGUUGCCGAAGAAAGUGCUCUCAGGCGUUUACUUACCUCUGACGAAGACGAAGAGGAUGAAGAAAACAAAAAAGAAGAAGGGAAGGAAGGUCAAAAGGAAAAUAAAGAAGCAGAACAGAAAGAAAAAGACAGUAAAAAAAGAAAAAGAAAGAAGAAAGCCAAUGAAAAGAAGAAGGCAGUAGCCGCAGAUGGAGAAACUUCUUCAGAUUCAAGUGGGGACAGUUCCGAUUCAGAAGUAACUGAAGGAAAGAAAGAUGCUAGCAGUGCAUCAAAUUCAAGAUGCCCUAGCCCAGUUGAUAAGAAAACGGAAAUGUCUCCAGCAAAGAAGGCCAAAUUGGAACAUCAGCCUCCUAUGCUUUCUUAUGGUGGUGAGAAUGGUAUAACUGAAGAAGCUGUGAGGAGGUACUUGAUGAGGAAACCGAUGACGACUACAGAGCUACUUCAGAAAUUCAAAGGCCGCAAAACAGGAUUGACUUCAGAACAACUCGUCAAUGUCAUGACUCAAAUACUUAAAAGAAUUAAUCCUGUUAAGCAAACCAUAAAAAAUAAAAUGUACUUAUCUAUCAGACCUCAGUAAACAUCAAAUUCAAUUUUUGAAGUUUUCUGUUUGUGUGAUAUAUCACUAGAGUUUAUUCAAAAUGACGUCAUUAUUUUGACAAUAAAAAAAUUUGAUGUCCUAGUGAUAAAAAAUUCUGUUCUAUAUUAAAUAUGGACUCAUCUAUUUUUUGUCAAUAAGUCAUUAAUUCUAUGAAAAGGACAGAAUUGUUUUUUCAAAAAAAAUUUAUUUACGAAAAUAAUAAUACAUUUUGAAGAAUCAUUAGUAAUAUAAACCACAUUCAAAAAAUCUUGAUGAUGUUCAUCUCUAUGGUAAAGACUGAUGAAUUUUUAUACUAUUUGAGGCAAGCUGUGAUUUAUCAUUGUUUAUAUUAGAAACUUAAUUAUUUCUUAUAUUAUAAUAUUAUAAAAAAUAAUUGUGAGCACAUUUUAAUUUAAAGUUAGGAAUAAUAAUUGUCUAUAUAUGUAACAAUUAUUCUAAAUAUUAUGUUUUAGAAUAUUUAUUAUUCUAAAUAAUAUGUUAAAAGUUACAAUAUAAAUCUAUAUUUUAUUGAGUUUUUAUUUUUAUAAUAGAUUAAGUGUGGAAAAGCGUUAUCUUAAAUACAAUGUAAACUCAAAUCUGAAGGGACUGAUACUUUUAUUUGAGUUAUCUAUACUUUGAGCUAUCCAAAUGUCAUCUAUAAAGGUCAAGAACCAUGAGACUUUGGCUUAUCUAGGUUUUAAAUGAAAACAAUAACUGCUGUAAAUCAUUCCCAUCUUAAUGAUUCCUCAAAGAUUUCAAUUAAUUUAGUCUUUUGCCUAAGAAAGUAAAUGACACUUUUUAGAAUUUAAUGAAGAAUGUACGGUUGGUAUGCUCUAGUAAGUAUUACAUGUGCUGGACAAAAAACUGUAAAUCUUACCUUUCUAGGAUAGGAAACAGACACUUCUACUUUCCUUCUGUGUUUUAGAGCCCUUAGGUGCUAUAUGAUUGGCAUGGGAUAUUUAUCACAUGUUGAGGUUUUAAAAAUUAAAAUAUUGCUUUUUAGGAUCCUCUUUAAGGAAUAAAAAAUCUAUUGAAAAGGUAAAUAGAAGAGAAUAGCUCUAUGAUCCAUUAGAUAUUUUGGAUAACAUAAAAAGAAACAUUUUGGUACUUUUAAUAAAUAAAAACAUAUCCAGAUGGCAUGCAUACCUUUUGUAUUAGACUACUAUCCUCUAAGUAAGUGAGAGAACUACAAAAACCUCUUUUGUACCUAACAAAGAGGUCUUGAGCGAGUACAUUAAUGGAUUAGUAUAAAUUCAGGAAUUGCUUUGUCUUGCCAACUAUAAAAGUGGAGAAAUAUUGAGCAGUGAACUCAUUAAGUAAAUUAUUAUUUCAACAGUCUUGGUGAAGAAUGAAGUUUCACUAAUUGUGUACAUUGACUAGACCACCUUGAUAAUAUUCAUUUUUUUUUUUUUUUCGGUCCUCACCUUUAAGGCUACACAGAGUUUUCCCGGGCCAGGGGAUGUGGACGGGGAUCUUGAAGACCCCCGGCAGUGGGACACGAACUAGUGACUAUUUUAUAUUAAUUGUCUCAUACAUCAGGUUGCUGGGCAACGGCAGUGCUGUGCACACACGUUAGCCUUUUCGGCCACCCCGCCCACACGAUAAUAUUCAUAUGUGUAUACAAAUAAACCUGUUUUGCUGAUGUCUUUUAUAUGUCGAAUGCAUGAGAGAGAAGUUAGCUCUCUACUAGUUCUCCCCGGGUAAACUGAUUAAUAUUAAAUUGUAAUUUUCUUUGGGUGUAUAGAAAAAUAAACAUUUAGAAUAGGAAUGAAUUAUCGAUAUUAAUAUCGGCUUAUAACUAUCAAAAUAUCAGACGAAAUAUCGAUCGUCAAUAUUUUCAUCAAUAUAAAUAUUUUUUAAAUACGAAUGUCAGUAUAAAUAUUGAUUCUCUAGCAGAAAGUUUCAUAAAAAAUAAUGUUAUUUUCCUCUUUGAAUUAAUUAAUAGAAAUAUAAAAUUCUUCUAUUCUCCUUAUGGAAAUUAAUUUUCUAGUUCCUGUCCAUCUUUGUCAUCCUCAGCUUUUUUCCAGAAAUUUCCGUUUAACUAAUUAUGCCUUCCAUUCACCCAUAGAUCAGAUUCAGCGAAAUGCUAAUUUAAGUGCAUCCUACAUAAAUUUCUUUGAAAAUUCCUGGCCUUAGUUUGAGAAGGUUCUAAUUAAUAAAUUUGGGCAAAUUGAGUAUACUGAUUGAGAAGGGCCCCAUGCGCUAUUCAACUCUACUCAAGGAUGACUAUCGAUAGUCGAUAUUAUUGAAAAAGCUAUAUUUUUCUCUUCUGCACACUAUAUUCUAUAUAAAAUAGGCAAGAUUGAUAUAUUUUUUAUAAUAUAUAAUAGGUUCUUUAAAUAUAUAUAGUUUAGAGCGAGGGGUUUAUGAUAAUGAUUGAGAGCUAAAUUGUGGAAUAUUAGAGAUUGAGAGAGUAGAACACCUAAAACAGAAAAUGUUUGCUGAUGUGAGAUAAAAUUGGUCUAAUAUUGUAAAUAUAUAAGGAAAAUAAUUUUGAAGUAAAGCACUGCAACAAAGUAUUGGGAAAGUGGAAGACAUUGUAUCCUGUCGCCUCUUUUUUUUAAUAAAAUAGAUCAAGAAGAUGAUAUAUGUUUCAAUGACAUUAAAAAUAUUUUCUAGUAGCGCCAUGAGAAACAUGUUUACAUAGUUACAACAGUCUGCGAGUAACUACCUUUUAUGUACAACAAUCUGUUAGAAUGUUUUAUCAAUUAGAUUCAUUCAUUGAUUUCAAAUUUCUUUUUAUAUUUUCAUAAUCAUCAAAGAAAUAAAUGAUUAAAUUUUUAUUAUUAUUAUUUUUUUUAUAGUUGUUUUCUUCUAUGGCUCCCAGUUAAUAACAUUAUAAAGGUUCUUGAUACUUCUUAUUAUGCUAGCAUCAUGUUCAAAAUGAAUAAGUAUGGUUACAUUUGCAUCGCCCAACAUAUUUCUCAGACUCUUUCUCCCUUCUGGUAAUUCAGCCAGAUUUGUAAGAGUAUUGAUUACAUAUUUUUUCAAAUCUAAAGACACAUUACUUAAGGGAAGAAGUUUAACUAAUGUUUCAAUCAAACCACAUUCAAGAGCCUGCUUUCUCCCCUCUUUAUGUAUUGUUGCAAACUGCAAAACAGAUGUCAGUUUUGAUUUUAUUCCUUUGUCCUAUAAAAAUAUUGGUAAUGAUGAAGUCAGAUUAGAUUUACAAUUUAAAUAAAAUUAAUUAGUUUUCAAGAAUAAGAUACAUGUGCUGUGGCCAUUUCUUUGCAUAAUAAAGGAAUCAACCCAUGUGAUACGAUUCCAGUCUUCCCAAUCGGAUGUUUGGCUAUUUCGACAAAUAAGCUUGCUACAGCUUUUUUAAGUCUAACGCAUUCACCAGUCAAGAAGCAGGAAAGAUUAAAUACUCCUUCAGACAUUAGAGCUACUUUGGCACUAUCUCCGUCAUCUAGUAAUCUCAAAAGAGAGUCCAGAUGAUUU